AUGAGUUCGAAAAGGGUUCCCAAAGAGAGCAAGUCGACAAGGUUCGUGUACGGGCCAAUUCGGGCCGCAGCCCGAGCCUGGGAUUCAUAUGUAAAUUCCCUUGCGGGCCUGACCUGGCCCGUAACCCACGCCAGCACCAUGGGCUCCCCCAUGCCGCAUUUCUCAAGCGUUGAUAGUGCAGAUCACAGAAGCGUUGACGAGGAAUUGAGGGCUGUGAUGAGACUCGCCAACACCGGCAGCCUUGCUGUAAAAUCCGGGCGGCGGCGAAAGCAAUUUGUGGUGCCUCUGGGCGGCAACUCGACUGCCACAAUCGACGACAUUUUAGCCGCCAGUCCACUGUCCAUUGUCACUGCGUGUGAACCCAAUCGGCUGCUGUAA